AUGGAUUCCUAUGAGACUCCCAAAGGAGGCUGGCUAGGGCAUUCUUUCAAUGAAUUCUUUACGCGACGCCGUUUGCCGGGAACCCGACCCAUUGAUGGCCCUUCUAAUCCAGUAGUUAUUGUGAGCCCUGCAGACUCAGCUUUUGAUGGCUCUUGGGAUAUCACACCCAAAUUCGACUGUCGCUUUCAAUAUAAAAGGCCUUACUUGGCUCCUGUUGGUGACAAAGUGCUUGAAUUCCCGGCCAGGCUUAUUACCAAGUUGUUGUUCCGAUGGCACACAGAGACUUGGCCCUGCUCGAGAAAUAGAACUCGAGGGUCUGGACAAUCCGGGGCCAGGCUCGUGGUCUGA